UAGCUCAGUUUAGAAAUUGGAACAGUUGUGGUUGGGACGGUUCAAAAGUAUGCUGCGGUCAAGUGCGGGAUAAAGAAAUAAGUUUGAUCGGUUUUUGUGUGUCUUUCAAAUAAGAAUGUUUGAUUCAAGGAUGGGAGUUGGGAUAUUGAUGGUUUUUUGUGCAUUGGCUGCCUUUUGUACGGCAAGUGUUCAUAGGUCAUUAGAGGAUGCUCGAAGUGAACGCAAUCGAUUGGUGCAGAAGUACAUUAAGACAUUGAAAAAGGAAGAAGGUGCAAUUAGACUAGUUGGGGGACCAAAUGAAUAUGAGGGUAAUAUUGAAAUUCUCCAUAAUAACAAAUGGGGUUCUGUUUGUGAUGACGAAUGGGAUAGCACAGAAGCUCAGGUAGUUUGUCGCCAGCUGGGAUUUCCUGGAUACAAAAAAUUCACCCACAGCGGAGCAUAUGGCCCAGCAAGACGACGUUUCUGGAUGGAUAAUGUCAUCUGCACUGGAAAUGAAAAGGAAUUAACUGACUGUCGUUUUGACGAUUGGGGAAAAAGUGAUUGUGAAUCAUCUGAAGCAGCAGGUGUUGUUUGCAGAGCUCCAAUUUCAUCCAAAUUCACGGCUGUCAAACAGGCACCAAAAGAAAAAGUCCCAAAACAACGUAUUCACUAUUCACAUCGAAUGGAUGUUAGGUUGAUGGGUGGACGAACGAAGAAGGAGGGUCGCGUUGAAAUUCAAAUAAAUGGUGGCGAAUGGGGGACGAUUUGUUCGGAUGGAUGGUCCUUGUUGGAGGCAAAUGUUGUUUGUCGACAAUUGAAAUUGGGCUAUGCCGAAGGAGCCUUCCAAACGGAUUUCUUUGGUGGAGCAAAUGUGUCCAAGACCAUUUUGAGUGGAACAGAAUGUUAUGGGAAUGAGUCUUCUUUGGCCGAUUGCUUGCAUCAUGACCAUUUGAGUGGAUUCAAUCACUGCCACGGAGCUUGGAAUCAUGUUGCAGCGGUAACGUGUAAUCACCUGGCUCCAGAUUUGGUGUUCAACUAUCUGGAAUUGGAACAAACAGCUCAUUUGGAAGAUCGACCCAUGUUCUUUUUGCAAUGUGCGAUGGAGGAGAACUGUGUGGCUGCAGAGGCAUACGAAAUUCAGAAAGCUAAUCCUGACUGGCAUUUAAUAACAAGGAGACUGCUGAAGUUUACAGCGAGUGUGCUAAAUGCGGGAAAUACGGAUUUCAGACCCUCGAUUCCGAAACAUUUGUGGGAGUGGCACAUGUGUCACAUGCAUUACCACAGCAUGGAAGUAUUUGCAGUUUUCGACAUUUUUGAUCUGCAUGGAAAUAAAGUUGCGCAGGGUCAUAAGGCGUCCUUCUGUUUGGAAGACAAUCAAUGUUUGCCAGGAGCUAAACCAAAAUAUGCUUGUGCCAAUUUUGGAGAUCAAGGAAUCUCUGUAAACUGUUCAGAUAUUUAUCGCUACAACAUCGACUGCCAAUGGGUUGAUAUAAGUGAAAUGGAAGUUGGUGAUUAUAUCAUGAAGAUUUCGGUGAAUCCGGAAUUCAAAGUUUCGGAAAUGUCUUUCGAUAACAAUGCUGCUGUAUGCAAGUUAAUGUACACUGAAUCGUAUGCUAGAGUAUACGAUUGUCACAUGACACGACCUUAAAAUGUUCUAAUGUUUAUUUUUUAAAUAGCGUUAGAUUUUAAGUUUUAUAUGUACAGUAAAAUAUUGAUUCACUUUG